AUUCGACAACACGCCAGCAUCGACGGACCACAAAUACUUUGUAGACAAGGCGCUCGUGCCGUUUAUGGUUUCAAGAUUGGAAACCAACCAAAGUGACUUGGAAGGUAGUAUGAGCGGCGAAUCCCCCCCAGCAGUUAAAGAUCCUCUCUCCAAUGAUGUUUACUCCGAUGAGGGCUCAACGGACAAAGAGACUCCACUGAGUGACUUGUGCAAUGCCAUCUUAAUGGAUCUUGAGCAUGCGGUUGAAAAAGGCACCGGUUGGGCAUGGAAGGACAUUAACGUUGCCGUUCACUUGCACGACGUGUUAAUAAGUGUGCGGCACUGGAAGAACAGCGUUCACUGGCUUGCAAUAGGCGCCAAUGCUCCCAGGGUCGAUGAAAAUGUGGACCUUUCCGUCUCUAGACUGCUCGAUUCGGUGGAAUUUCACGACUCUUUCCUUUCGGGAACUGUUCGGUUAUACUUGGACGCCAUCGCCGAGUGUGUGAACAAUAUACGUCUCUUGUAUAGCGAGGAAGGACAUAAGAAGAGUCCGACCCUGGAAGAUGCCCUUAAAAAGGAUCUUGAAUCUGCGGUACAAUGCCUCGGGCUACAACUCACUCCCAUCCGCGCAUUUGCGGAGUCAAAAACAUAUACAAAACAAUCCGAUCUAGCAUCACCAGAGCCGCAGUUGGUCAAUCCUGAAACGAAUCUGGACAACGAGAGCCUCGGAAUCCUUCUUCUAGACCAGCGCGUCCAAAUCGAGAACCCUCGCUUAGAAGCGUUCUGGCCUUUGGGUGCAUUAAAGAAGAUCUUGAGUGAGAAACGAAUCGCCACGGAACUGAGAGAGUACCGAAAACAGAACCUAGAUCUCUUCCGUGGACGCAAUGUAACAAAAUUGACGAACCGAAUUAGAUCCCAGUACCUGAAGAUCUUCGCAAUUCUGGCUCUGCUGGAGAAGGGACAACAGAUUGGGGCUUUUAUUGACGAAGGUGUUUGUGACAAAGACUUGCCUUUAAUUAAAACCGGAACCCGCUAUCGGUUUGAAAUUUCAUGCAGAAGAUCCCCUGACCAUUCACUCAGCUGCUUCCAGACUUGGAAGGCAUACGAACGCGACGCAUUUCUAAAUUACCAGCGCCAGGUCAACGUACCAUAUUUUAGCUGCUACAGCGGCAGAACCCCAGUGAAGCACGUAGAAUUCCCAACUCAGACCAUCCUACCAUUUAUAAUGUAUACUAGUUCCAUGGACGGAGGGUUUUCGAACGUCAGUAAGGUCAAAAUACAUCCCGAAUCCCAUAAUUUCGACGGUAUACUAGAGAAGAUUCAAACGAAAGACGUCUUUGCUAUCAAAAGGCUACAGCAAAGACAGGAACAUAAUACGAGAGAGAUGUUCCAGAGAGAGGUUAGCAUGCUGAAACGCCUUAGUCACAAUCACCUAGUCAGUCUCUUAAUGACCUGGAAUUACCAAGGUGACUACUAUUUGCUCUUCCCUUGGGCCGAGUGCGAUCUGUUCGCCUACUGGGCAGAUAAAUCCCAUGCACCGUCGUGGUAUGCAGAGGACAAAAGCAUAGAUCCUGAAACAGUGCGUUGGAUGUCUGGUCAAAUUCUUGGUAUGAUGGAUGCUCUGGAUAGUAUCCACUCCCCGCGACUACCCAAUACCGAAUAUGGUAGGCACGGAGACCUGAAACCUCAAAACAUACUCUGCUACGAGGAUCCGCAAGGGGGUAGAGGGACACUGGUUAUAUCCGACUUUGGUUCUUCAUCAUUUCAUACCGAACACAGUCGCUCAAAUAUACUAGCGGCAGGGUUACCCGUGACCCUCACUUACCGGCCACCGGAGUUCGACAUUGAGGGCGGAAAAGUCUCUAGGGCAUCGGAUAUCUGGUCGUUCGGAUGCGUCCUACUCGAGUUCGUUUGCUGGGCUCUUGGCGGCAUUGACCUAAUACGAAUCUUUACCCGUAUGAGACUGGGCCCUUACAUUACUGGCAUAGAAAGUGAUCACUUCUUUGAGACCAUGGCUCUCCCAGGUGGAGGUCAUGCCAUGAAGGUGAAGGGCCAAGUUUCCAAAUUCAUUGCGGAGCUUCAUAGUAACGACAGGUGCACUCAGUACUUCCACGAAUUUCUCGAUAUCAUCGAAGAUAACAUGAUUGUCGUCCUUUCAAAAAACAGUAGGAGGUCACAAUCCAGCGAAAUACUGGGUAAACUCACAACAUUGCAUCAGAAGGUCACAGAAAACAAGGACUAUUGCCAAAGGCCAUGUCCUAUGUUCCAGCGCCCCAAAACCAAAGCAGCAGUAGAAGUCGUUUUAAAUGAGAUCAUCUCCAUUCGUACUGUAAAGUACCCUGGUUUUAAUUUAAGUUCAGACAUCCUGGAAACCAAGGCAUCCAAAGAACUCAACAAGUCGCUGCCUCUACCAGGGCCACCUGAGCGAGGAGAGACUGCAGAUCAAAAGAAGUCCAUUGGAGGGGCUUCCCCUCACGUAGGAGAUUCUUCAAGCCUAGCCGAGGCUUCCGGCACAGGUGGAAUUACGACUGGGAAAACAACAGAUUCACUCAUUUCAAUGGCCUCGCGACUCUCGCCUAAAUAUAAAACAUAUCAGGCUGGCUUGUGGCUCUACUAUGUUUAGAAAGAUAUUGACAAUGCUUAUACUCAUAUCAUCACCAAUACUGCAUGAGUAGCUCCAUUGCACAAUGCCCAAUCCGACAAAGACUUACGAGAACAACUUUCCGAGCCGAGUUUUGAGAAUGAGGGCAAGUGACGAAGACCG